ACAAAUUGAAUUUUGGGAGGCUUUACAACAUAUUUUCGCGUAAUAAUAAACAAGAUAAAAAUGAUGCAAGAAACUCAUAUAAGCGAGGGAGUGCAGGCAAACAUUCCUGAACCUCUAGAUGAGCCUGAGACGUUGAAAAUAAGGCCCCUUGAGCGCAUAAAACUUCAUCCUAAAGUCCCCCCAGAACCUUCAGCUUAUGGAAAGUAUGCUAACUACAGUCGACAGUGGAUCCUGCAGGAUGGUCGCGGGAUCCCGGGACAAGGCAGUGAGAUGCGUGAGAAAUACAAAGUGCCUCACGUAGCGCGACCCGACGUCGGAAUUCGUAAGCGUAUGCUGAAGGAUUUCUUUUGGGAGCAGAUGCUAGACGAAAUGAUCGAGGAAUUGGCCACCUCGCAACCGGUCACCGAGUACUGUACGGAGUAUGAUGCCAACUAUAUCAAAGAGAACUUCGAGCCGAGGAACUUGCUCGUCACACCUGAUAGAAACAUGCAUCUAAAAUAUCCUCUAUACGGCACUGGGUCGAGCGCGAUCACGUUUUACAGCGAGACACAACAUAAAACUGGGCCCGGUGAAAUACUGGAGAAAUUUCGAAGAUGCCAGUACUUCACGAGACCCAUGGAAGAACGUCUCGAUGACGGCUGGGUCCUUUAACUCCAAACAUUUUUGUUAAUUUAUAAUAGUUUCUUUUGAAUAAAACUAUUAAUUGCGUUAA